AUGGACCGUGACCAGAUCCUCAGUACGGCCUCCAUCCAACGGUUGAUCGCCACUGGUAAGCAUAUUAUCAUUUUUGAGGGAAAGGUACUGCAAUUAGACGGCUGGCUCGAUAAACAUCCUGGGGGAAAGCUCGCCAUUAAGCACAUGGUGGGAAGAGAUGCCUCCAACGAGAUCAACAUUUAUCACUCCCCCGCCACCCUGGCCACAGUACAUCGAUACACCAUCGGAUAUACUGCCGGCCACUGGACCAACCUGACUCCGCCCAUCAGAGGAGGAGUCUAUCUGCUACCACAACCACCUGACCAAGACCAGAAUGACGUCGGCAGUGACAUUGACGACCUCAGCGAUGCCUCGACCUUGUGCACCCGCACUCCCUCCUUCGAAAAUUAUCACCUGGGCGACGACGUGCUCCGGGAACGAUUCCCCCUUGACCCUGAACAUGAUGCCCACUUAGAUGUACACCUACAGAUCCCAACCAGCCGCCGCCAAAUUAAAUUGACCAGCCCCUCCAGCUUCAUCACACCCCAAGCAUUCCUUGCCAAAACGAUCAAGAGCGAAAUUGACGAUAACCUCAGAGACUAUCCUUCCUUGGACGAUACCACCCAGAGGUCCAUUUCGUCCGCCUACCAGGAACUUCACCAACAGGUUAAAGAUCAUGGCUUCUACCAGUGCAGGUAUUCCGAGUAUGGAAAGGAAAUCACGAGAUACCUCGUUAUCUUUACCCUCUUCUGCACUGCCCUGCAUUGCCGUUGGUAUCUCACCUCCGCCGUCUUUUUAGGCCUGUUCUGGCAUCAGAUUAUGUUCGCAGCACAUGAUGCAGGUCAUCGAGGUAUCACCCAUAACUUCAUCGCCGAUAACCUCAUUGGUCUCUUCAUUGCCGACUUCUGCUGUGGCUUGUCAAUUGGAUGGUGGAAGUCCAGCCACGACGUCCACCACCUAGUCACAAAUCAUCCUGAGCAUGAUCCUGACAUCCAGAACGUGCCUCUGUUCGCCACAUGCCCAACCUUCCUCAAAUCGCUGCAUUCCACCUACUAUGACUUCACCUUUGUGUGGGACAAGGUUGCCGAUUUUGCGGUCGCUUACCAGUAUUAUACUUACUAUCCCAUCAUGGCCGUUGCACGUUUCAACCUCUACAUGCUCUCCGUUCAUCACCUCCUCACUUCGCCUCGACCAAACAGUCGCAUGACUUCCUGGAUCCGGCCUACCGAGUUCGCCUUCAUUGCUUGUUAUUGGCUCUGGUUUGGCUAUGGCAUUCUAUACCUGACUCUCCCCGACUGGCCGACUCGCAUCGGGUUCGUCUUGAUCUCGCACCUCGUCACAAUGCCACUGCAUGUCCAAAUCACUCUCUCGCAUUGGGGCAUGCCAACCGCCGAUCUUGGUGAUGCCGAGUCAUUUCCGCAACGCCAACUACGUACUACCAUGGAUGUCGAAUGCCCGGAAUGGCUGGAUUUCAUUCACGGCGGAUUGCAGUUUCAGGCUGUCCAUCAUUUGUUCCCUCAAGUUCCCAGGCACAAUCUGAGAAAGGUCCAAGCCCUGGUACGGAAAUUCUGCGACGACACUGGGAUUAAGUAUACGAUAUACAACUUCACAGAUGGGAACAAGAAGGUCUUGGGCCGACUGGCCGAUGUGACUGACCAGGUGAACAUGAUGAUACAGUGCCAAAAGUAUAUGGCUGAGACCAAGAUCAGCGGGCUGCAUUAA